UGAGUCAUUGCUCUGUUGAUGCUGGACCGGCGCUUCUUCCUUCAGUCUGCCGUCUGCCUGUGAAUUCAGUCUGUUCUCUGUGAUUGGAUCUCACACCGGUGCCGUGAAUGCAGCGCGAGGAGGAGGAGUGACAUUAUUAACAGACACAAGAGAGGCAAAGAAACACAACACACAGAGAGAUGUCUGGGACCGCGAACACAUCUGCGACCCUGCAGCCCGCAAAGAUGAAAAAGGACGAAUCUUUCCUCGGGAAAUUAGGAGGAACCUUGGUGCGGAAGAAAAAGUCUAAAGAAGUGAGUGAUCUUCAGGAGGAGGGGAAGAAUGCCAUCAACGCUCCCAUGCUUCCUACAGGGACAGACAUCCACCCAGAGGACACACUGCUGGAGGAAAAUGCUGAGAGGAUCAUGUUGGACCCGACUUCACGGGAAAAUCUUAAAUUUAAAGAUCUUCUGAAGGUCCUGAUUGACUGGAUCAACAGUGAGUUGGAGGAAGACAGGAUCAUAGUCAAAGACCUGGAGGAGGACUGUUACGAUGGACAAGUGCUCCAGAAGUUAUUUGAGAAGCUGUCAGGCAGGAAGCUGAACGUGGCCGAGGUGACUCAGUCAGAGAUCGGCCAAAAGCAAAAGCUUCAGACAGUUUUGGAGGCCGUCAACGAACUGCUGAGGCCUCACGGCUGGACCAUCGAGUGGAGUGUGGACUCUAUUCAUUCAAAGAACCUGGUGGCCAUCGUCUACCUGCUGGUGGCUCUCGCGAUGCACUUCCAGGCCCCCAUCAGGCUGCCUGAACAUGUUUCUGUGCAGGUGGUGGUCGUCAAGAAACGAGAGGGAAUCCUGCAGACUGCUCUUGUGACCAAGGAGCUGACGAGCACCACAGAAAUGAUGAUGGGACGGUUCGAGAGGGACGCGUUUGACACUUUAUUGGAUCACGCACCUGACAAGCUCAACGUGGUGAAAACGUCUCUCAUCACCUUCGUGAACAAACACCUGAACAAGCUGAACCUGGAAGUUACUGAGCUUGAAUCUCAGUUUGCUGAUGGUGUGUACCUGAUACUACUGAUGGGGCUGCUAGAAGACUACUUUGUUCCUCUGUACAACUUCUUCCUCACCCCUGAGAGCUUCGAGCAGAAGGUCCAUAAUGUGGCAUUUGCCUUUGAGCUGAUGCAGGACGGAGGCCUGAAGAAACCGAAAGCCAGACCAGAAGAUGUUGUCAAUCUGAACCUCAAGUCCACCCUCAGAGUCCUCUACAACCUCUUCACCAACUACAAAAACUCUGAGUGAACUUUUCCAGUUUUACCCCCUGAUAUUACUAUUGAACACUGCCCCUGUGCCUGCGCUGAUAUUAUGCAUUACACACUGGACACUGGAGGAGACCAACUGGGACUGAAAGACAUCAUUAUGAGGGAUUUAAAAAGACCCAUGGGGAGAGGCCUGAAAAAAGGCUCUGAAUAUUAGUAUUUAAUCUUCCCCAAAUGUCAGUAUUUAUUUAUUCUUUUCUUGAAUGUUAAAUGUAACCCAGGAAACUCUGUGACCUUUAGCCUGCAUUUGAAUACACAGCCGUCACAGAAAAAUGAAUGAGAGCAGAAUGUUAAAACUGGAAAGCAUUUGUGUGUUUAACUCCCCACUGCAGAAUAUUUAAGAAAGUCUAAAAUGCUGUUAUAUAUUAUAGUAUCUAAAACUGAUUUGUGUAAAUAUUUAAAGAAUAGUUUUAGGAAAUACACAUAUUCGCUUUCUUGCCAAGAAUUCGAUGAGAAGAUUAAUACCACAGUCAUGGUUAUAUAUGCUAAAUAUUAAGCUACAACAUUGGUACCAGCAGCCAAUUAGCUUAGCUUAGCAUUAAGACUUCAAAUGGGGAAAGUGCUAGUUUGGCUAAUAGACUGGGUGACAUCACACAUUGGUUUGUGGACUCCUGUUUUGAAGCCAUUAACUUGGCAUUUUGGCCGUUGCCAUCUGGAUUUCUUUGAAGCCAGAAGUGACUAUGUUUACUUUAAACUGUAAUAAAAUGUAAAUGGACGAGUUAUAUAAAAAAUUAACCCGCUGUACAGUUGUAAUGAAGAGAGAAAUUAGCUAUAGAGACCAAAACUUUUUUUUUUUGUACCAGGCUGUAAACAUGUUUCUCCUGUUAAGUUAGGCAUUUUAAUAUGGGUGUCUAUGGAGACUGACUGCCUGCCUAAAGAGGUGAUUCAAAAAGCUGUGGCUUUCGGCGCUUUUAUGUUGCCUUCAUUUUUCAGCCCCAGAGGUAGCCGCUUGGUCUGGCCCUGAAGAUAACAAAAUCGGCCUACCAACACCUGCAAGGCUCAAACAUAACAUUAUGCGUUAGUCCAUUUAAGAGAAAAGUACAUAAACAAACAAAUUGCUUAUCAGAUAGAAAGAUUGUGGUACAUUUAUGCCCCCAAAAUGCCAUUUUAUGCAAUUGAAUCUACUGCUUAAAAAAUGUAGAUCACAGUACAGUGCACAUUUUGCCUUUGGAUUAUAGGCUAAUCACAUAGUGACAGAAGGAACCAACGAAAUGUGUUAUUUUAGCUUUCUUGGUCAUUUUAACGAUAUUGUGUAGAAAAGAAAACUUAUUUAGAUUAUUGGCUGCCCCUGUAGAAAGUGUAGCUUAAUAAACACAAAGUUUUCUAGAGUCAAAAGCUGAUGCUCUGUUAUGCUAGUACCGUUAGCAAGAGUUUAGCUUGUUAUGGGGGAAACAAAUGGUAAACAGCAUUCUUUUACUUACAAAUAACAGUGAAGGAAAAAACAAUGACGUUAGCCUAAAUGUAGUUUUAGUUUUAGCUAAAGCUAGCCAUGGCUAUAUCACCAGCUAUCUUUGAAAUGAUGUAACGUUAGCUCUCUUUCUUCUUUAGCUGGCUGUCUUGUGACAUUUGCUCCCUUCAAAUGGUGUUGUGUUUACCGGGUUAAUGUUGUGUUGACAUGAACACCCCCCUUCUCGUGGUAUUCACAUAGUCCAUCUAGAGUCAAAAGCUGAGAUGGCAGUUAAUACUACUCUGUUAUGCUAGUACCGUUAGCAAGAGUUCAGCUUGCUCCAUCAUGACUGGACUGGAUUUCGGUCAUUAAGUUAUGUGGAAAACAAACAGUAAAUAGCUUUUCCUUUACUUACAAAUAACAACGAAGGAAGAAACAAUAAGUAACGUCAUAGCUAAGGUGAGCCCUGGCUAUAUUACCAGCUAGCUUUGAAGUGAUUUACAUUAGCUCUCUUUCUUCGUUUAGUUGGUUGUCUUAUGAACAUUUUCUUCCUUUCAAAUGAAGUCGUGUGUACUUUGUUCACAUUAAGUGUCCACUGCUGUAUUCACAUGGUCUGUCUAGAGUCAAAAGAUGAGAUAGCAGUUAAUGCUACUCUGCUAUGCUAGUACCUUUAGCUUUGAAAUGAAAUAACGUUAGCCCUCUUUCCUCUCUGUUUAGUUGGCUAUCUUGUGACAUUUUCUCCCUGUAAAUGGGGUAGUGUUUACUGUGUUCUAAGUGAAUGCUUCCCUCUUAGGAUAGUCACAACUUUGUAAAUGGAAAUUUUCUGAUAGCUC